AUGGCUCUUGUAUCGAAUGACAGUAUAGCGGGGUUUUUGAAAGUCGUCACAAAACGCCCCCACAUUGCGGGUACCCCCGAAAAUUUUGAAACUGCCCGAUACGUGAAAGAACAGUUGGAGGCGUUCGGCAUCGCAGCCCAUUACGCCGAUUACCCCGUGCUGCUCAGCCGGCCAAUCAGGCAGCGCCUCGCGAUCGUUCAGCCAAUCACGCGCGAGCUGGUGCUUCGGGAGCUGCCCGUGCCUGGCGACCCGGGAGGGGGAGAGGAGGAGGAGGAGGAGGAGGAGGAGGAGGAGGAGGAGGAGGAGGAGGAGGAGGAGGAGGAGGAGGAGGAGGAGGAGGAGGAGGAGGAGGAGGAGGAGGAGGAGGAGGAGGAGGAGGAGGAGGAGGAGGAGGAGGAGGAGGAGGAGGAGGAGGAGGAGGAGGAGGAGGAGUGA